AUUUUCAGUCUGUGUGUCAUGGGAUGGAGCUUGGGUGUAGAAGUUGAUGUGAAUUUAAAAUUAAUUUAAAUCGUGUAUCAUAUUAAACAUUUUUCGAAUACAAAAAAGUGCUAUAACAACUAUUGUGUGAUUAUUAUUGGUCUUCAAAUAAAAUAAGUCACAGCGCUAAUCAGACAAGCAUGAUGCACCAGAACUGACGUUCGCCCAACGAUGCCGCCGCGAGAAUGAAGCACUACUCGAGCGGGCCGGCCACAGUCAAUGACUACUUUAUGAUGUACCUGGCGAAAUGGAAGCGCGCCGCUGUCGUCCUGCUGUUCAUCUGGAUAGUUGUUACUUACCUCGUUAUAUCUCCACUCAGAUGCAGUGGAAGCCAGGACGAAGUAAUAGAAUUUCAAGAGAGGUUAAAAAGGGUAUCGUCUCAGUUGGAGACUUUGAGGGCGCAGCACAGUAAUCUUAUAUCACAGAUUAAAAAGUCUUCGAGCCUCCAUGGUAACCUGAAAGACAUAGACACAGGGUCCCUGUUCUUCGACGGGGGACAGGGACCUUCGGAAGACUACGAGAAUCUCAGGAGAAGAAUAUUCUCCAACACCAAGGAGCUAUGGUAUUAUGUACAACAUGAACUGACCAAGGUGAUACAAGAAGACGGCAAAGCGGAGAAGAUACAGACGAUUUUGGACCAAAUUAGCGAGAGGAAAAGAUCUCUGCUCUCAGACCAGCAAACCCUCCAAGAGAUAGACGGUUACCACGAGUGGAGACAGCAGGAGGCGGCGAACGUCAGCGAUCUGGUGCAAAGGCGGUUACAUUAUCUACAGAACCCGCCCGAUUGUAAAGACGCUAGAAAACUCAUUUGUAAUUUGAAUAAGGGUUGCGGCUUCGGCUGCCAGCUCCACCACAUAGUGUACUGCCUGAUAUUCGCGUACGCCACGGAACGGACGCUCAUUCUCAACUCUAAGGGGUGGCGGUACAACAAUAAGGGAUGGGACUAUGUGUUCAUGCCGAUUUCUGAUACUUGUACCAGCGCCUACGAUGAUAAAGUGGUGCAGUGGCCAGUAACGUACGACGCCAAGGUGUUGUCUCUGACUUUCAUAGACUCAAUAUCGCAGAGGCCUAAGUUUUUACCGCUGGCCAUACCAAAAGACUUAGCGCAUAGAAUAACGCGGUUUAACGGCGAUCCUUCGUCAUGGUGGAUCGGUCAGAUGCUCAAGUACGUGCUCAAGCCGCGACAAGCGAUGCAGAAAGCGAUCAACGAUACCAUCGCUAAAAUGAACUUCAAAACGCCUAUAGUUGGUGUCCACAUACGAAGAACAGAUAAAGUGGGCACGGAAGCUGCAUUCCACCACAUUCACGAGUACAUGGCUCACGUGAAGAAUUACUACGAUCAACUGGAACUCACCAGGCCUGUGGAUGUCCGAAGAGUUUAUCUAGCUACUGAUGAUGCUAAUGUUCUAGAAGACGCUCGCAGCAAGUACCCCGAGUACACAUUCCUGGGCGACCCGUCCAUAGCGAAGACAGCCGCCACCCACCGCCGCUACACACCGUUGUCGCUGACGGGGCUGCUGGUGGACCUGCACAUGCUGGCCAUGUGCAACUACCUCGUCUGCACCUUCAGUAGCCAGGUGGGUCGUGUAGCGUACGAGAUGAUGCAGACGAACCGCGUGGACGCGUCGGACAGCUUCUUCUCGCUGGACGACAUCUACUACUUCGGCGGACAGAACUCGCACGACCGCAUCGCCGUCAUGCCCAAUUACGGACAGUACCAGGACGUGCCCUUCCAGGUGGGUGAUUUGAUCGGCAUCGCCGGCAACCAUUGGAACGGUUACGGACGGGGGACGAAUAAGAGAACAAACAUUAACGGUCUGAUCCCAUGGUACAAGACUGCAGACCACCUGGUCCUGUACCCGUUCCCGGAGUACAAGCAAGUGCCGCUGUAUGCAGACACACGGCAGAAGGACUUAUAAGCGCGGUAGUUUUACUGUCAGGUCUGUUUCAUUGUCAAACUAUUGUCGACUUUGUUGUUAUUGAAAUAGGAAGUAAAAUCAUUUGGCAUGACUGUGAAAUUGUCGAUUGAUGAUUCAUGUUCGUAAACUUUGUACUGCUUCAAGAAUAAAUGCGGUAUUAAUAAUUUGGGAAAAUAAAACUGGAGGCUUAACAUUUUUUGACGCAACCAUUUUUUUUAUUUUCUCAUUAGUAACUUACUUGAAUCUUGCUAAAUUGGCCCAGCCAAUGAGUUUUAGCGAGACAAGCAAACAUCAAUUCAUUUUCACUGAUGUUUUCAUUCUAUUUCAAUGAAAACAAGGUCGAUAAUAGUUUGACAGUGAAAAAUUCGUGUCGGCCCUUUUCCCAACUACGUCGGGGUCGACUUCCAGUGUAACCGGAUGCAGCUGAGUGCGAGUGUGCCACAUGGAGGGACUAAAGUUGAUGUGAUUCUCACGUGUGGAUAGUUUGAUUGUUUUUAUUAAAUCAUGGCGUUUGUUCUAAUUUGUUGUACUGUGAGGUACAGUCGGCGAAGGUUUUAGGUAUACAGGAUAAAUUGGAAAGAUACACUGAUUAAACUGCGUCAUAUUAUUUGCGAGGGCUAUAGUUACCGGCACGAAUCUUGAGCUCUGACCUUCACUUGCGCAGAAGUAAUUUAUUGGGUCCCUUUUGUGUUAUGAAGUGAGGCGCGGGGACGGACUAAAGCGGUGAUUGGCCCGCAGCGCAUCGCGUCAUAGCCGUCACACGGGAUUGGUUCUUUGCUAAUAAAUCACUUCUGCGCAGAUGUAGGUCACAGCUCAAGAUUCGUGCCGAUAACUAUACAAAAGGACACUAAAAUUUGAUUGUUAAUUGUGAUGAAUAUGAGCUUAUUUGGGGCACAGGCACAUUUGGAAGAUGACCAAAGAGAAAUCCUCUACAAGUUGAAUAAAACUCGUACAAAAUUCGCAAACAUUAAUUGAAGUCUUGACAUGCAGUGAUCAAUUCAAGUCUAUCCUGUACACCUACAUCUUUCGCUCAUUGUAAUAAUAUUUAUGUCGUGUACGAUCGUUGAAGUUUUCGUAAACGUCUUUUACGGGCUUGUUAAUUGUUAAUGACUGUCAAUAAUUACUAUAUUGUGAGUGUGGAAUACUUCUCAUUGGAUUCACGUUGAUUUUCAUAUAAUAUGAUGUUUCAGUCAUAAUAUUAUCUAAGAUAGGGUUCACGUUUGCUAAAACAUCUACUAAUUUGUGAACUAUUUGCGUGUGAGGAAGUGACGUGUAUUUUAUUUUUUAGCCGAAUGCGCAAGCGAGGUUAAUGUGUUUUUUAUUUGUAACAGGUAAAGCAUUUAAAAUAAACAAAUAAAAGAAACAAGGAAAUAAUAUAAAUCUGCUUAAAAUGAUACAAAAUUAACGAGCUUUCAAAAUUAAGCAUGACUUUAAAAAAGCUCAAUGUUGUGUGUAAUUUAGAAAAUUAUUAAUUCAUCUUUUGACUUCCUUUGAUACAAACCAAUUUUAUCUACUUUUAACACAAGACGACUUUCAUUUAUCGACACUUGUGUGAAGUUAUUAUACCUUACAUCGUACAAAUAGCGCAAAGGAGCGCAAAUUCCCACUUUGCGCAAAAGUUUGCGCAAAGUGGGAAUUUUUUUUUAAUGUGACGUAAUCAAUUUAUGAGCAGCUUCAUCGAUUUUUAAAUAAAAUUAACUUAUGCCUUUAUGAAAUGUUAAUUCAUUUUGCAUUUACUUUUCUACAAACCAAUAAUGUUGAUGAUUUUGAAUGACGAUUUAUCUAACAGUUGUAUAAUUAACCUUAUUAUAUCUAUCAGUUAAAACAUUCCAUUCUUGUUCCUUAAAACUAUUGUAUGAAUUAACCAUGGUUCAGAUGUUUCCCCAGCUUUGAUUAGUUAUGAAAUAAUUUGAUAUGAGGGUGCUAAAAUGAAAUGUCACAAAAAAUAUUUUGUUGAUUGCUUGUAAAAGUGAUAUUAAAAAAAAACACCCAAUUAAAAAAAAAAAACAUACACGUAUCUAAACCCAAGGCCAUAUUAUUCAAAAUUAUUUGAACUUUUUGGUUUGACCAAUGGUUUUUCACUCUAUUUUCAAAGUUUUCACUAAGGAAAUGGCAAUGAAAUCAAGCGUGUAUCACGGCCUAGUAUUGAUAAAAUAUCUCUGUGUUAUUCUGUGUUGAAUUGUGUUCGUUUAUACAUUUGUAUGUUUCUUUGACGCUGCUGUGGUUUCUAUGGAGUUUUGAGUAAAUUUCAAAGCUCAGAUAAUCUAAUUAAUAUUUAAAAUUUCAAAUAUUUCAACAAUUUUGUAACCUUAACUUAUAUUUUAUAUAACCGACAUCCAAAAAAAAUUGAGGUUUUUUUUUAGGUCCAUAGACAAUACAGCAGCGUCAAAUAAAAACUUGUGACGUCAAUAUACUCGUAUGUUAAUCGCAGUGAUAAAUAUAUUUGUGAGUCUCAGUGAUUAUCUUCUUAUUUUAUACAAAUGAAAUGUAAAAUAUAGGUACAAAAGUAAUUACUUAAAAUUGGCAACAGAUUGUGAGAUCUGAAACAAAACUCGGCCCAUGAUGAAACCCCAUGACCUGAGUUCUCUAGGCAAUUAUCGAAUAAAAACUAUUCUAACGAAACUUUUUGUUUUCUUUUUAUUUAUAGUUUGGUUAUUAUUUUUAAAAAACAAUGAAUUUAGAAAUUCUUUUUCGUUUCAACAUUUGCUCAUGUAAGUUAUUUUUUUGUUGUUUAUUUUUAUUUAUGGAUCUAUGUUUAAUAGUUAUAUCUACAUAAAUAGUAGCUAUUAUGUCUGAGAAGCAUUUGUAUGUGUUACGUGAUAUCCCAAGUGUAAACAAAAUGUGUAAUCCGAGUGCUAUGAUACGUACAUGCCUUAUAUCUGUUAAUAAUCGGUCAUAUAUUGUAAAUGUGUUACAAAUAUAUUAAAAGUAUAUAGUAAAAAUGAUGAAUAAAGUAGUAAGAAAUGUCAAGCAAAUUCUGGAAUUUUUAAUAGUUUUUUUUUUACGUUUUUUUGGUGUUAAAUAGAAUUUACAAUAUUCAAACGGUAGAGUACACGAACACAGAAAUAAUUCUUCCAAGUUUUAAUAUUUCCAUUUUAAGAAUGAUAGCAGAUACUUUUAUAAAGCACUUCUACAUAUUUUCAUGUUAUUCCAUAAUAUUUAUUUUUCCAUAGUAAGUAAUAAUAGAUUGUACUAGAACGGUGAUAACUCGUGUAUUUUUUAACUUUGUAUGUCGGAGCUUCUGUAAGAUGUAUGAUAAUGUAACAUGGACCUAAAGUGUGUGUAUAUAGCUUUAUAAUAUAGUGUAUAUAGAAAGGAAAAAUAAUAUAAAUAAAUGGUAACAUGUGAAGGUAA